AACAUACAUUAGAUUGACUGAAAUAAAUGUUCCUGAUGAUCAAAGUGAUUUUAAUGUUUAUGACCAAUAUCUUAAAGAAUACGGUGUAACAUUUUAUUAUGAUUAUAAAGAAGCCAUAAUUCCGCAUGCUUUUUCGGUCUUGUUUUUAUGGUUUGAAUUAUUAUUACUGAUGCGAUUCUUCUCGGGCACUGCGACUUACAUUAACAUAAUUAUAAAUAUCUUAAAAGCUAUUUGGCCUUUCCUAAUGUUUAUGUUAAUGACAACCGUUGCUUUCGGUCAUGCAAUGUAUAUCAUUUUAAAACAACCUGAAAACCUUGAUUUAAAGCCUAACGGCGACAGUUAUAAAAUGAAUUCUUCGGACGGUACCGAAAACCUUAAUAUUACACAAGAUUUUGAUGUGAAAAAUCCCAACGAUAAUUUUUAUGUAAAUUUUGCGUAUUCUGUUAUGGGAGUUUAUUUUUGGAUUCUUGGAAGAUGGGAUCAAUUAGAACGUUGGGAUUUCUGGCCAGUUCACGUAUUUAGUAUAGCCGCAAGUAUAUUAUUGGUUAUCAUCAUGCAGAAUUUGUUGGUCGCAUUUAUGACGGGUGUGUAUGAAAAUGCAAGAAAUAAUGUAAAGUUGGCGGUAUUAGGUUAUAGAGCGAAUUUUAUCGCUGAUUAUGAAUUGUUAGAAAAACCAACCGGUAAUUAUAAAAGAAAUCCGCGAUAUAUCUACUAUGUUGGAACUCCUGAAUAUCAAAAGCAAUGGCUUGAUAAAGCUGAAAAAUAUAGAAAAAUUCAUAAAUCAUUAUCAUUUGAUGAUAUUAUUAGUCAAUUAUCAAAAGACGAUGAUUCGGAUAAUGAUGAUAUUUCGAUUGAAAAACUUGAUGAAAAAUUAAUGAAAAUACAAGAUGAGAUGAAAAACGAUGUAGCUUCAAAGUUUAAUUCAGUUGAAAAGAGUAUUAAAGAACUGUUAACGAUCGUUAAGAGUAAAUGA